UCGUCAUCGGCCGACAUGGCGGUGGGCUGCGCGGUGCCGCUGAGGGGGAGCAGCCGCGGGCUCGGCAGCGUUGUCUUUAGGCAGCAGAAAUGGAAAAGCUCUGUCUCCACACACGCAAAAAUGCCUCCUUGCGAUUUUGUACCUGAAAAAUACAAAUCCCAUCCAUAUGAACAUAUGCGGAAGAUUCGUGAACAAAAUAUUUCUCCUUCAUUGCGAACGUAUUACAAGGAGCCAUUGUUGCUGCAUCAAGGCCACAUGCAGUGGUUAUUUGAUUAUGAAGGACGAAGAUACCUUGAUCUCUUUGCUGGAAUUGUCACUGUCGGUGUUGGUCACUGUCACCCGAAGGUAACUAUGGCUACCCAGAAACAGCUUGCUCGCCUCUGGCAUAUCUCUAGUAUCUAUAUGCACCCAUCAAUCCAGGAGUAUGCUGAAAAGCUAACUUCUCUUUUUCCAGAUCCACUUAAGGUGGUGUAUCUAACCAACAGUGGGUCAGAAGCCAACGAUUUGGCUAUGUUCAUGGCAAGGCUAUAUACUCGUAACUUCGACAUCAUCUCUUUCAGAGGAUCAUACCAUGGAAGCAGCCCUUACACGCUGGGAUUGACAUCUGUUGGUCUUUAUAAGCAUGGUGUUGCCAAUGGCUUUGGUUGUUUAACAACAAUGGUACCAGAUGUUUUUCGUGGUCCAUGGGGAGGCAGCCAUUGUAGAGAUUCUCCAGUGCAAACUGUUCGAAAAUGCAGCUGUUCUGAAGGUGUAUGUCAUGCAAAGGAUCAGUACAUUGAACAGUUCAAAGACACUCUGAAUACAUCAGUACCAAAAACAAUAGCUGGAUUUAUCGCUGAACCAAUUCAAGGUGUUAAUGGAGCUGUUCAGUACCCAAGAGGUUUCUUAAAGGAAGCUUUUCAGCUAGUACGGGAAAGACAAGGUGUUUGUAUUUCAGAUGAAGUACAGACAGGUUUUGGACGGACAGGCAGCCACUUCUGGGGAUUUCAAACACAUGGUGUAGUCCCUGACAUUGUUACUUUGGCAAAAGGAAUUGGUAAUGGCUUUCCAAUGGCAGCUGUUGUUACAACAAAAGAAAUUGCAAGUUCCUUGGCUCAAAACUUUCACAUUAAUACAUUCGGAGGAAACCCUUUGGCCUGCACAGUUGGAGCUGCAGUUCUUGAUGCUAUUGAAGAAGAUGGUCUGCAGAAAAACAGUGAGGAUGUGGGAACAUACAUGCUGCUGGAAUUGGCUAAACUACGGGAUAAAUUCAAGAUUGUUGGGGAUGUCCGUGGCAAGGGACUUAUGAUUGGAGUAGAAAUGGUGACAGAUAAGGACCAUUGCCACCCUCUUCCAGCUGAAGAAAUUGGUCAAAUCUUAGAGGACUGUAAAGAGAUGGGGGUCCUGAUCGGCAGAGGAGGACUCUACAGCCAGACAUUUAGAAUUAAACCUCCAAUGUGCAUUACUAAAAAGGAUGUCGACUUUGCUGUGGAAGUAUUUGACGCUGCUUUAGAGAGACACAUGGAAAGGGCAGCUGCAAAAUAGACUUGAUUUGUUUCCUUACACGAGAUGAACACAGAUCCCCUGAUAAUUGCCACCCAGACUCAUCACUGCAUAAGAAUACACUGCAUAAGAAAAUCAUAUUCUGAAGGUUAAAUACUUUCUCAGUAUUCUAAGAGCAGUCUGAUAGAUACAGUGUUUAAUAAAGAAUGCACUCUAAUCUGUUUUGUAAUCAUACAGCUCAGUCUACAGUGGUGGUGUGCAUUAGCUGCACAUUUAUUCUGACACUAGCAUAAAAAACCCUAUUAGUAUUAAUUUGGUAUUAGAUGAAGAGGCAGACAUAUAUUCAUCUUUCAUCUAUGAAUAUAAUCUAAAAAUCAGUAAUUUUCAUAGAGCAACAAGAAAACAAUAAAGCUGUUUGGAGGAAGGACACUGCUUGGACUGCAGCAUGCAUGGAUCCCUCAGGGACUGCAGUGGGGUGCGUGCUGCUGCCCUGGCCACGUUCCUUUGUACCACAGUGUUCACAGCCAGCUCUAAUGAAUGUUUUCACGGAAGCACCACACGCUGCUGAAUGGCUGAGCAUCAAUGCGCAGUGCUUUAGAGCUGGGUGGAACCUGGCUGCUGCUGCCACUGCCCCCGCAACCAAAACCUCACCUUUUACACCCAAUACAUACAAGCACUUGUAAAACACACAAAUGAUAAAGUAUUUGGUUUUAUUUAAAUAAGAAAAAAAGUCAAAAAGUAAUACUGCAGGGUCAGUCUGUGAGAUUUCAUUUACAUAAGCAUAGACAAUCUCUGGCUGAGAAAUACCCUGUUCAGAACACAACUGGAGAUUUCACACUUAAAACUGUUUAGCCUUAUCAAAAAGAUACACUCUAAUUAGAGCACGAAAAAAACACAAUGUUUGCACAAAGUUGUAGUUUCUAAUAACAGUAAUUAUUGUUAUCACGUGGCUCUAAUCCAGUCAUCAUCCUUUCCAAAACACGCCUUUCUUUUCUCCUUCUGCUUUCAAGAUUGCAUAGCACAUCCAUUAGUCAUUUAGCAAAGAUACAAAUUCUGACUGCUGAAAUAAGAUGCCACGUUUCUUUCUUACUUAAUCGCCUUUUUUUUUUUUUUUCCAAUCAUUAGUUCGUUACUUGCUUUGGUUUCCAAAAAAAAAAAAAAAAAAACCAAAAAAAAAAAAACCAAACCAAAAAAACCCCAACAAAAGGUAUUGUCAACAGUCAGCAGGAACAUUUACCAUUUCACUUUCAGUCAAAUAUUAACAUUUGAAUAAAAUACCGUGACCCAAUAAAGGUACCCUGUCAACAUGUGGGGGAAGGAGAGUGUUGUGCUAUUUUGCGUUUAAACUUUAGAAUAUCUUAGUUAAUGCAAGAUCAGUGCUUCUGGAAAACUUCACCAUAGGAGUCUCCUAAACAACAUACUACACUGAGCACCGCUCUCGCCAUCUGCAUUGACAACAGCCUUGUAAAAUCCACCUCCACAGCAAAAUCAGGUGCUUGUUAUCCCACCAGGUAGACUUAUGCAUUUAAACAGAGGUGCAAUAACAACUCCCAUGUUUUUCAUUAGAAAAACAACAGAACAAAUUCAGUUAUUCAUGUCAUUCAUUUCUGCCUUCACUUUUCCCAGCAGGGCUCUUCCACCAGCAUUUUUUUUCCCGCAACACCUGGCAUGUAGGUACAAAACCGACAGGAACUGUCAAAACUGAUUAACCAGCUUAGACAUCUUACUCUUUCCCUUUUAUCUGCUGUUUAUUGCAAUUAAGUACUUUGAAAGGGUUCUUGGGGAGGGCAGAAGAAAAGCCUGUGUUUUCCCAUGUUGGGGUGACAUUUCACCUUUGACAGAUGACCAAAGAAGCACAGGCCCUUUUGCUAGCUGCACUCGCCCUGAGCUAAGCCCUCUCAAAAGAAAAGCAGCAACACGAGUGAUAAAAUAACAAUAAAAUAACAAUAAGCCCUCUGUGUGGGCACUUUAUCCACGUAAGUUUCUACAGGAACAGAAGGUGAAUUUGAAUUACUACUUCCUAUCCCCACUGUGAAAGCUGCUGAGAUGGCAAGUCAAAGUCAGUUGUUAAAGAAAGGCUGAUAAACCCAAAACUAAGCACGGGUUUCUUCACAAGAUAUUAUUCCUUAUGUUUCAUCUUCCCUUUUUUUCCCCAAAAUUAGGACUUGCCUUCUCUGUUCAACUCCAGACACAAUCAAUGUUCACCUCUCUGCUCCGGGACAGCGUUCAUGUACGAUUCUGAAGACUGCCACUGUAGCAAAGUUCUAUCUGGUUUUACGUUUGUCUUUUUUGUUUCUGGUGUUUACAGCUCCAUUUACAGCUGCUGCUUGUGUGGCUUUUGCAUGUCCUGUGGCUUUCAGGUGUUCAAACAGUUUAUUUCGGGAUGCAAAUGCACAGUUGCAGGUGACACAGUGGAUAGGAACUUCAUUCUGCAAUGAUGAAAAAGCAAAAAAAAGUUCACAUUUGUAUGAAGGAUGUAAUAAAUGCCAUACACCAA